UUGCGACGCAAGCAGUGUGUGUCGAAGCACGUGUAUGAGAAAGACGCGGAGAAAAAAUUAUAAAAUAUGUCCGGCUGUACAGCCUCCGAAUUUAAUCAAGCAACUAAUACUUAUCUUCUUUUAGAAGAUGGUAGUAUCUUUUUUGGAAAAUCUUUCGGCGCUGAUGUAUCGAUCGACGGUGAAAUCGUCUUCCAGACUGGUAUGGUCGGUUAUCCGGAAUCACUUACCGAUCCUUCUUAUCAUGCUCAAAUUUUGGUGCUUACAUAUCCGCUGAUUGGAAAUUAUGGUGUUUUCAAUGAUGAAAAGGACCAAUAUGACCUACCUCGUUGGUUUGAAUCUCGUCGCAUUUGGGUCGCAGGACUUGUCGUAGGCGAAGUGUGUGAUUAUCCCAGUCACUGGCGCAAUAUCAAGACAUUAUCUAAAUGGAUGAAGGAACAAAAUAUACCCGGAAUUUGCGACAUUGACACACGAGCAUUAACAAAGAUUAUCCGGGAAAAAGGUUCGAUUUUGGGAAAGAUAGGGUUUGGAAAACCAUCGUCGAACACUCUGUCUGUAAUGCCUCUUAUAGAAGAUCCCAACAAAAGAAAUCUCGUUGCGGAAGUCUCUCAAACAAAAACAACUACGUACAAUCCAGCCGGAUCUCCUCAUAUAUGCGUAGUUGACUGCGGAUUGAAAAACAAUCAAUUAAGAUGCCUAUUAAAACGCGGUGCUCGUAUAGACGUUGUACCGUGGAACUAUGAUUUCACAAAUAUGCAGUUCGAAGGUUUAUUUCUUAGCAACGGUCCGGGUGAUCCCACUCUGUGCACAACAACCAUAGAAAACAUCCGGAAAGUCAUUGCACAAAACAAGAAAAGACCUAUCUUUGGCAUAUGUCUUGGGCAUCAACUGCUAUCCAUAGCUGCUUAUUGUGAGACAUAUAAAAUGAAAUACGGCAAUAGAGGUCACAAUCAAACCGUGACGCAUCAUGGCACCGGACGUUGCUACAUGACCUCGCAGAAUCACGGAUUUUGCGUCGAUACAGUUAUGUUGCCACCUGAUUGGGAAGUGCUCUUCACUAACACCAACGACAACAGCAACGAGGGCUUAGUUCACUCUAAUUUGCCGUAUUUUUCUGUUCAAUUUCAUCCGGAACACACAGCAGGACCUGAAGAUCUCGAAUGUCUCUUUGAUGUAUUUCUGGAAAGUGUAAAGGCCGAAGUCGAGGGUUCUCGAAUCUCGAUAAAGGACAGAAUUGCUCAGAAACUGGCCUAUACGCCUUUAAUUCCAAUUGUAACUGAGCAGCCGAAAAAAGUAUUGAUUUUAGGCUCGGGAGGACUCAGUAUCGGUCAGGCGGGAGAAUUUGAUUAUUCGGGCUCGCAAGCCAUUAAAGCGUUGAAAGAAGAAUCGAUACAGACUCUUUUGAUCAAUCCCAACAUUGCCACGGUACAGACGUCAAAAGGCAUGGCCGACAAAGUGUACUUUUUGCCGAUUACACCGGAAUAUGUUGAGCAGGUAAUACAAUCAGAGAGACCGGACGGCGUACUAUUAACAUUCGGCGGACAAACCGCUCUUAACUGUGGCGUGGAACUUGAGAAGAACGGUGUAUUCACAAAGUACAAUAUUAGAAUUCUAGGAACACCAAUUGAAUCUAUUAUACAAACUGAAGACAGAAAGCUGUUCGCGGAUCGUAUUAGCGAGAUAAAUGAAAAAGUUGCACCAAGUGCCGCUGUAUAUUCCGUUCAAGAGGCCUUAGAAGCUGCUAACAAGCUAGGAUAUCCCGUAAUGGCGCGCGCUGCGUUCUCACUUGGUGGUCUUGGAUCAGGUUUUGCUAAUACAGAAGAAGAACUAAGGACACUUUCGCAACAAGCAUUUGCUCACUCCAGCCAAUUGAUCAUCGAUAAAUCUCUGAAGGGUUGGAAGGAGGUUGAAUACGAAGUCGUACGCGACGCAUAUGACAAUUGCAUUACUGUGUGCAACAUGGAAAAUGUUGAUCCUCUUGGUAUCCACACCGGCGAGUCGAUCGUGGUCGCGCCGAGUCAGACUCUAUCGAAUAAAGAGUACAACAUGCUACGAACCACCGCGAUUAAGGUCAUCAGGCAUUUCGGCAUCGUUGGAGAAUGUAACAUUCAAUACGCGUUGAAUCCUUCGUCCGAGGAAUAUUACAUCAUUGAAGUGAACGCGAGAUUAAGCAGAAGUUCAGCUUUAGCCAGCAAAGCCACCGGUUAUCCUUUGGCUUAUGUCGCUGCUAAACUGGCGCUUGGAAUACGCCUGUCGGAUAUUCGUAAUUCUGUCACUGGAGAAACGACGGCUUGCUUCGAGCCAAGUCUUGAUUACUGCGUGGUCAAGAUACCAAGAUGGGAUCUGAGCAAAUUCCAUCGCGUCAGCACAAAGAUUGGCAGUUCCAUGAAAAGUGUGGGCGAAGUAAUGGCAAUUGGUCGAAAAUUUGAGGAAGCUUUUCAAAAAGCACUCAGAAUGGUUAACGAGAACGUAAAUGGUUUCGAUCCGUACGUGAAGGUGAUCGAUGACGAGGAACUGGAAAAACCAACCGACAAGAGAAUGUUCGUUCUCGCAGCUUCAAUUAAGGCUGGUUAUACGAUCGAUCGAUUGUACGAGCUCACCAAAAUAGACCGCUGGUUCCUCAAGAAGAUGAAGAAUAUUAUUGAUUAUUAUUCGCUCUUGGAGAAUAUCGAUCAUACGAAGCUCACGCGCGAAUUAUUACUGGGCGCGAAACAGAUCGGCUUCUCGGACAAACAGAUCGCCGCCUUGGUGAAGUGCUCCGAAUUAGGUGUUAGAAUACAGAGACAGGAGAAUUUCAUCCGACCCAUGGUCAAGCAAAUUGACACGGUGGCCGCUGAGUGGCCGGCCACCACAAACUACCUUUAUCUCACGUACAAUGGCAUUACUCACGAUAUGGAAUUUUCUGGUGGAUAUACGAUGGUCAUAGGUUCCGGUGUAUAUAGAAUCGGUAGUUCAGUGGAGUUUGAUUGGUGCGCCGUAAGUUGUCUGCGCGAAUUGCGAAAUCUCGGACGCAAAACCAUCAUGGUGAAUUACAAUCCAGAAACAGUCAGCACAGACUAUGAUAUGAGCGAUAGGCUGUACUUCGAGGAGAUUUCUUUCGAGGUCGUGAUGGACAUAUAUGAUUGUGAGUGUCCUGAAGGUAUCAUAUUGUCCAUGGGUGGGCAGUUACCUAACAAUAUUGCCAUGGAUCUACAUAGACAACAGGCCCGUAUCCUCGGGACUUCACCGGAGUCUGUCGAUAAUGCUGAAAAUCGUUUCAAAUUCAGCCGUAUGCUCGAUAACAUCGCAAUAUCGCAGCCAAGGUGGAAGGAAUUGACAAACUUGAAAUCCGCCAUUGAGUUUUGUGAAGAAGUCGGCUAUCCGUGUCUCGUACGGCCUUCGUACGUAUUGAGCGGAGCGGCGAUGAACGUCGCGCACUCAAAUCAGGAUCUCGAAUCUUAUUUAAAAAGUGCGAGCGAAGUUAGCAAAGAGCAUCCCGUUGUAAUAUCAAAGUUUAUUCUCGAAGCGAAGGAAAUCGACGUUGAUGCCGUGGCUUACGAAGGAAUUAUCUUGUGCAUGGCUGUGUCCGAACAUGUGGAGAAUGCUGGAGUUCAUUCAGGCGAUGCUACCUUAGUAACACCACCGCAGGACAUCAAUGAGCAAACUCUGGCAAAGAUAAAGAGCAUUUCGAAAGCAAUAGCGUUGUCUCUGUGUGUCACUGGUCCUUUCAACAUGCAGCUGAUUGCAAAAGACAAUGAGUUAAAGGUAAUCGAGUGCAACGUGCGAGUAUCCAGAUCUUUUCCUUUUGUCUCAAAAACUUUAGAUCACGACUUUGUCGCAACAGCCACUCGUCUAAUUGUCGGUGAAGUAGUUGAACCUGUAGAUGUUUUAGCUGGAUGUGGAAAAGUUGGAGUAAAAGUACCACAAUUUUCAUUCUCUCGUCUUGCCGGCGCUGAUGUGAUGCUGGGUGUGGAAAUGGUAUCUACUGGAGAAGUAGCUUGUUUCGGUGAAAACCGAUAUGAAGCUUACCUUAAGGGUAUGUUAAGUACUGGUUUUCAUAUACCUCAAAGAGGUAUUUUGCUUUCCAUAGGAAGUUUCAAGCACAAAAUGGAAUUACUUGAAUCCAUCAGAAACUUGAAGAACAUGGGUUAUAAACUGUAUGCUAGUAUGGGUACUGCUGAUUUUUAUACUGAGCAUGGAAUCGAGGUAGAAUCGGUGAGAUGGACAUUUGAAAACAUUGCUGUGAAUGAGAACUCCACUCUGAGUGAACUCGAACAUCUCGCUCACUUUUUAUCGAAGAAGCAAUUUGAUCUUGUUAUCAACUUGCCGAUGAGAAACGGUGGUGCUCGUCGUGUUAACUUCAUGACACAUGGAUAUCAAACCAGAAGAUUAGCAGUUGAUUAUUCCGUACCUCUGGUUACGGAUGUUAAAUGCGCUAAACUUUUAGUCGAAGCAAUGAGAAUGGUUGGUGGUAAAGCACCACGUAUGAAAACGCAUACUGACUGCAUGUCAUCGCGCAAAAUGAUUAGGCUACCCGGUUUCAUCGACGUGCAUGUACAUACGCGUGAUCCUGGUGCAACUUACAAAGAGGAUUUUGCAUCAUGUACUGCGGCUGCACUCGCCGGAGGUAUCACAACAAUUUUUGCGAUGCCGAAUACAAAUCCUGCGGUUGUCGAUCAUCAGACUUUUGCCAUAGCCAAAGAGCAAGCUGAAGCUGGCUCGCGAUGCGAUUACGCACUCUUUGUCGGUGCUUCUUCGGACAAUUACAAUCUCGCGCGAGAAAUAGCGCCAUCCGCAGCCGCUUUAAAGAUGUACUUGAACGAAACAUUUACAACACUUCGCCUCACCGAUCUUACAGUUUGGAUUAAGCAUUUCGAAAGCUGGCCUAAGAAAUAUCCUCUGUGCGUGCACGCGGAAGGACAAACCACAGCUGCAGUUCUUCUCCUGGCGAGUUUGCACAGCAGGCCGAUUCAUGUGUGCCAUGUUGCGAGAAAAGAAGAGAUAGAAAUUAUACGUGCGGCAAAGGAACAUGGAUUGCCGGUUACGUGCGAGGUAUGUCCGCACCACUUGUUCCUUUGUCAGGAUGAUUUGGAUAGGAUAGGACCUGGAAGAGAUCAAGUAAGACCUACUUUAGGAACAAAAGAGGAUCAGCAGGCUCUUUGGGACAAUUUAGACAUCAUCGAUUGUUUCGCAACUGAUCAUGCUCCGCACACAGUACAAGAGAAAUCUUCAGAGAAACCACCGCCAGGAUUUCCUGGCCUGGAAACUAUGCUACCGCUGCUGCUAAACGCUGUGCAUGAGGGAAGACUGACCAUGGAGGAUAUUAUUGACAAAUUAUACAAGAAUCCCAAGAGGAUCUUUAACGUUCCCGAUCAACGUAACACGUACGUCGAAGUCGAUCUGGACGAUGUAUGGAUCAUUCCGGAAGCAAUGCCGUUCAGCAAAUCAAAGUGGACACCUUUCGCUGGUAUGAAAGUUCGCGGUUCAGUGCACAGAGUGGUUCUGAGAGGCGAAGUCGCUUACGUCGAGGGACAAGUACUGGUCAAUCCUGGAUUUGGUCAAGACAUCAGAGAUGUGAAAUACAAAACAAAAGUUCCGCCAACACUUCACGCACCGAUAAUAUCUAUUCAACCUACAGAUACUGUCUACAAACCAUUGUCUUUACAAGAAAGUCUCUUGUCACCGAAUUACAUCGCCGAGAAAUCUAAUAUAUACGUUGAUCGUGUCAUCGAUUCGCAUGAAGACGAACAAAGCGAGUCGUUUACGCAUCUUCUGCAACUGGCGUCGCACAAGUCUGCGCACAUUGACGCAAGGGAACAUUCGAAAGCGCUGGCUUCUCAAAGGACCAUUUCACCGGUACCGCUUAGUGCUAUAACCAAAUAUAAAAGUGACAGUAAUCCGAAUCUGUUUGCAACUUCUGUCGCACCAAUUUCUGCUGGCCACACGAGCAACAGUUUAGUCGGUCGUCAUAUUAUUACCGUAGACAUUUUUGAUAAAGAAAUUCUGAAAGAUGUACUUCAUCUUGCGGAAACUCUUCGGAAUGCUAUCAGAAAGGACCGACUUUUGGAUCAUAUUUUGAGGGGAAAAAUUAUGGCGUCCAUUUUCUACGAGGUGAGCACAAGAACAUCGUGCAGUUUUGCCGCUGCAAUGGAACGUCUUGGUGGUCGUGUAAUACACAUGGAUGGCUCCACAUCGUCAGUGAAGAAAGGCGAAACUUUAGAAGAUUCUGUAGCAAUUAUGGCAGGAUACGCGGAUGUUGUUGUGCUUCGACAUCCAAAGCCAGGCGCGGUAGCUAAAGCAUCGGUGCACUGUAGAAAACCAAUGAUAAACGCAGGUGACGGAAUUGGUGAACAUCCGACGCAGGCGUUACUCGACAUUUUCACGAUCAGAGACGAAUUUGGAACUGUAAACGGCCUUACAAUUACGAUGGUCGGGGAUUUGAAACACGGCAGGACUGUCCAUUCCCUCGCAAGGUUGCUGACUUUGUACAAUGUGGAGCUUCGUUAUGUGAGUCCACCUGGCCUCAGUAUGCCGGAACAUGUCGUCAAUUACGUGACCGCUCGUCACAUUCCGCAAGAGAAAUUCUCAACCCUGGAGGAGGCUCUCCCUGACACCGACGUUCUUUAUAUGACUCGAAUUCAACGCGAACGUUUCGAGACGCAAGAAGAAUACGAUCGAAUGUGUGGCCACUUUAUAGUCACACCGCAACUGAUGUCUCGCGCAAAAAGGAGAAUGGCAGUGCUUCACCCACUGCCAAGGGUUAACGAAAUAUCUCCUGAAUUCGAUACCGAUCCAAGGGCGGCAUACUUUCGACAGGCCGAGAACGGCGUGUACGUGCGCAUGGCGUUAUUGACUAUGGUCCUUGGACGCAGCUAGUUCGCGGCCACUCGAUCGUCUGUGGGUCAAGAACACUUAUUGAGAAAGGACAAUGACGUUAGCCAAAAAAAAAACAUUUGCCAUUUCAAUCAGACUGUGAUGCGCUCGCGAGAGCUCAACUGAAUAUCUAUUUGACAUUCCAAUCAUCAAGCUGAUUAGCUUGAUCAAUUGUUUUUUCUAUUUGCGUACAGUGCAUUAUAGAUAUAUUGAAAUUUUUCACAAAUUGUUCUUAAUAACGACAAACUGUUUUUAUAGAGUUUUGUUUUUGACAUAUUUUUGUAUUGAAAAAAUAAAAUAAGAAAUGUGAUAAUAAUCCUAUGUA